UUCACCGACUGAGCCACCCAGGUGCCCCAACAGACAUUUUCUGACUCCAUCCUCCAUCCCAGGCCUUGUGCCGAACACUGAUGAUAUGGAAAUAAACUGGCCAUGGCUUCUGUCCUCAGGGAGCUCCUAGUCUCAAGGAGAGACAGACAGGAAAGCAAAGACACACUGUACGGUAAGACAGUGUGGAGACUGGUAGAGGAUGCAUUGGAACUUAGAGGAAGGAGCCUGCUUGGGGACAUCACAGGAGUCUUCCCAGAGGAGGUGGCAUUCAAUUGGUGAAUGAACAAGUAAACUGUGAUAUAGCCACAAAAUGGACUAUUUAUUCAGCGAUGGAAGGAAAUCAUCUAGCCAUGAAAAGACACAGAUAGGCAUUUUACUAAGUGAAAGAAGCCAGUCUGAAAAGCCUGACAGUCCAGAAAAGACAGACGUAUACAUAAGGGCGCUGCGAGGCCAUGCGCAUGCUGCUGGCUGACCAGGGCCAGAGCUGGAAGGAGGAGGUGGUGACCAAGGAGAGCUGGCUGCAGGGCCCGCUCAAGGCCUCCUGUCUGUAUGGGCAGCUCCCCAAGUUCCAGGACGGAGACCUCACCCUGUACCAGUCCAAUGCCAUCCUGCGACACCUGGGCCGCACCUUUGGGCUCUACGGCAAAGACCAGCGGGAGGCGGCGCUGGUGGACAUGGUGAACGAUGGCGUGGAGGACGUCCGUAGGCACUGCAGCCGGCUCAUCUACCGGAGCUACGAGGAGGGCAAGGCCAAGUAUUUUCAGGAGCUGCCGGGGCACCUGAAGCCUUUUGAGACCCUGCUGAUCCAGAACCAGGAGGGCCAGGCCUUCCUUGUGGGCGACCAGAUCUCCUUCGCCGACUACAACCUGCUGGACCUGUUGCUGAAUCACCAGGUCCUGGCCCCUGGCUGCUUGGACUCCCACCCCCUGCUCUUGGCCUAUGUGGCGCGCCUCAGAGCCCGGCCCAAGCUCAAGGCCUACCUGGCCUCCCCCGAGCACAUGAACCGCCCUGUCCUUGGAGCCCAAAAGAUAUGAGCCCCUUCAGCCUCCCCUGGGAGAAAGCCUGGCCUUUAGAACCAAUAAACACCAAAAGAGGAAA